AUGGAGCCACUCCUGGCUGUGAAGAUCGGCUGCCUGGUGGCUCUGCUGUUCAUCACCCUUGUCUGUGGCCUCAUCCCGGCCCAGGUCAAGUGGUUCCAAAUCAAAGCGGCUAAAGGGCGGCACCGGCGCAUCCUGAGCUUCAUCGGCUGCUUCGCAGCAGGAGUCUUCCUGGGUGCCUGCCUCAUGCACACAGCGGCCGAUGCGCUGACAGACAUCCAGGGGGAGCUGGGCAAGCGGUUGCAGCAGGCUGCCGCUGGGCAGAACCUGACUGGGACACACAACGACUCGUCUAGGGCCAGUGCCUGUGUGGCUGAGCUGGAUUACCCCUUUGCGGAGCUCGUCAUCUCCCUCGGCUUCUUCCUCGUCUUCCUCACCGAGAGCCUGGUGCUGCACUGCUGCCACGUGGCUCCACCAUCCCACGGGGCCCCGGGCAAGGACCCUGCUUGCUCAGCCCCCAGUGUCCCCUCCGUCCCGCACUCCCACGGGGCCACGGCGCCCAGCGUCCCCUCCAUCCCGCACUCCCACGGGGUCCCGGAACCUGGCGGCCCCUCACCUGGCUCUUUCCGGGCCCUGGUGCUCUUCAUCACGCUUUCGCUGCACUCACUCUUCGAGGGGCUGGCGGUGGGAGUGCAGCAGGGCGAGGCGGGGGCCCUCCAGCUCUGUCUGGCCGUGCUGGCCCACAAGGGUGUGAUCGCCUUCAGCCUGGGGCUGCAGCUGGUGCAGAGCGGCACCCGGCCCCGCUGGAGGCUGCUCUACCUGGGCAUCUUCGCCCUCAUGUCCCCCUGUGGCAUGGCCAUUGGCAUCGGGCUCUCGCUCUCAGGCGGGGAGGCCGGCGGGCUGGCCAUGGCCCUGGUGGAGGGGGUGUCGGCCGGCACCUUCCUGUACAUCACCUUCUUGGAGAUCCUGCCCCACGAGCUGAGCUCCCACGAGCCGCCCUUGGCCAAGUUCUCCUUCAUCGCCCUGGGCUUCACCGUCAUGGCCACCAUUGCUGUCUGGGCCUGA